CCCUUUGACCCGCAAUCAUAUGUUUGCGGGUUUGGCUUUGGCUGGUGUACAAAAAAUAUUUUGGUAGCCUUGCGAGCGGCCUGAGACUAAUUGUCUUCAUUCAGCCGCUUUCACGAGAAGAAGACUUUGAUUCCCGACUCCGAACGAUAAGAUAAAAGAACAUAACCCUCGCUAGAAAAAUCUAAAACCACUUUUCGGCUUUCAGCAGUAGCAAGAGAGCAAAGAUGUCUGAAGAAAAGAAGACUACCGGCUCGGCCACUAGCCCUGUUAAAUAUUUCCUGUCCGGAGGAUUUGGCGGCAUCUGCACUGUGGUUGCUGGACACCCACUUGACACGAUCAAGGUCCGUCUUCAAACAAUGCCCCGACCAAAGCCUGGGGAGACCCCUCUUUACGCUGGCACAUUUGACUGUGCCAAAAAAACCGUCCAGCGAGAAGGUGUCAAGGGUCUAUACAAAGGUAUGGCUGCCCCAAUUACGGGAGUCGCCCCGAUUUUUGCGCUUAGCUUCUUUGGUUUCGGUGUUGGCAAAAGGCUGCAGCAGAGCACACCUGAUGAGCAGCUCUCCAUGAGCCAACUUUUUUACGCCGGAGCCUUCUCUGGCAUUUUCACCACAUCGAUCAUGGCUCCAGGAGAGCGAAUCAAGUGCCUACUUCAGAUCCAACAAGGAGGAAACGCUCCGCAGAAAUAUAACGGACCCGUCGACUGUGCUAAGCAACUUUACAGGGAAGGAGGAAUGCGCAGCAUCUACAAGGGCACUAUUGCCACGUUAUUGAGAGAUGUACCUGCCAGUGGCAUGUACUUCAUGACCUAUGAAUGGCUGCAAAGAAGCCUCACCCCCGAGGGCCAGGAACCAGGCAAGAUUGGAUUACUGAGGACCAUUUUCGCUGGUGGAAUGGCUGGAAUUUUCAACUGGAUGGUCGCAAUUCCUGCUGACGUGCUCAAGAGCCGCUUGCAAACUGCUCCUGAGGGUACAUAUCCGAACGGCUUGCGCGACGUCUUCGGCAAGCUGAUGCGAGAGGAGGGUCUUUCUGCCCUCUACAAAGGCUGCACCCCUGUCAUGCUGAGAGCUUUCCCGGCCAACGCUGCCUGCUUCAUGGGCUUCGAAGCGUGCAUGAAGUUCCUCAAUUUUGUAGCACCAAAUCUCUAGACAUGACCAUUGCAAGAAAAUAUGUAUCAUGCAGAUGGUCUGCUGCUUGUUUAUGUUUUUGUUUUAAAAGAAAUAUGACAUCAAUAAUGUAGGUAUUGGUCUGGUUUUUACAGAUUUCUUUUAGCUCUUGUUCAAGACUGAUCACAAAUCAUGAGCAAAACCUUAAAAGAGUUGUAUGUUCUGAAUAAAUUUUCUGACGUUUCUAGCA